AUGUUCUCUAUCACGGUUUUCUAUUCUCUUCUGCUUGUUUGUGGAGCUCAAGCGAGAUGGACGUCUGACUUGCUGCAAUCAGACAUGCUUACCAGGCUCUCAGAACGUUUGAGCUCCAGUGAUCCACAAACGCAAACUAUAUGGAGUUUUAACAAUUGCGGUCUUGAAACCGAUGCUAUCACCAUCGAUAAGUUUGAAGUAUCACCUGAUCCACCAAAGCCCGGUAAAAAGCUCAUCAUCACCGCAAGUGGCACAGCCAACGAAAGAAUCCAGGAGGGAGCUUAUGCAGACGUGGUGGUGAAACUCGGACUGAUCAAACUCUUACACAAGCAAUUUGACGUCUGUGAAGAGCUUAGCCGGAAUGCCAACGCCACCCUCCAAUGUCCUAUCGAGCCUGGUCAACACACUAUGAUUUACACCGCCGAAUUACCCCGCGAAAUCCCGCCUGCUAAAUUCAUCGUCCAAGCUCGAGCUUAUACUCAAGACGACGCUGACAUGGCUUGCGCAGAUGUGAAGAUCGAUUUCUCGAAGCCUGACAAAACUUCCUGA